GGUGGGUGGGCAUGGUUAUGCGAAUGAAUCUAGAGUGCGAGGUAGGAGUCUAGAAGACCAACUUACUGCAGAUGAACCUUGCAAAAGGACGUACGCACGUCGACUCCUUUUUUGUUUUGGCAGCUGGCAGUGACAGGAACGGGAUGAUUUGCAACUGGGGGUCUGGUCAGGCUGUGAGUAUCCGUACUUCAGUCGAGAGGGCCGAGGCGGCACCUUGUUGCGCUUUUGGGGGUUCGGGGUCUGCGGAAGGGACCAGAAAAAGAAAAGAACAAAAGAGUUGUGAGUCUGGGACUGGGAAUGAGUGAAUUGGGCAGGAAUUGGAAAUGCGAGAGAUUGCGGGAGCCAUGAGGUGGAAUUAUCAGACAAAUGGGAAGUGUACCCUUCGUGCUUCGUCCCUUCCUUCCACCGGGACUGU